AUGAUGUCAGAUAUGACAAAUGACCAACAUAUUUGUGAAGGCAGCAGUUGCAACAGUUGCAUGCAGCCAAAUAGAGAUGAUUCCUACGCUCAGCUCGAAAAAGAACGCUCUGCUAGGGAAAAUCAUUGUCAAAUUGAACGUAGGCGGCGUAACAAAAUGUCUGCAUAUAUUACAGAGUUAUGCCAAAUGUUGCCAUCGUGCAACUCUGUGUCAAGGCGUCCAGAUAAAUUGACAAUUCUUCGAAUGGCUGUAGGUCAUUUAAAAAGCCUUCGGGGAGCGAAUAAUAUUCCAGAUAAUACCCAUAAAGAAUCGUUUCUUACUGAUCAAGAGCUGCGUCAUUUAAUACUAGAAGCUGCCGAUGGCUUUUUGUUUGUUUGUCAAUGUGACACAGGAAGAAUCGUAUAUGUUUCCGACAGUAUUUCAUCUGUUCUCUACUGUUCACAAUCCGACUGGUAUCAGAGCGCUCUCUAUGAUCUUUGUCAUCCUGACGAUGUUGAAAAAAUUCGGGAUCAGCUUGUUGGUGUUCAGCGAGCUUCUUCUUGUGCUGUAUUUGGUUUUAAUUCUUCACCUGAUAUGAAUUCUAACGGGUCAAAUCGUCAUGGGGUUUCGGAUACCUCAAAUGUUAGCUCAACAUUCAGAACACUCGAUCUUAAAUCUGGGAUAAUCAAACGGGAUGGAUCUAAAUCACGAAUGGGUGUGUCUGAUGAUCGUCGGGGUUUCCUCUGUAGAAUGAAGCUGGGAGCUCUAUCGAUUGCCCAACAUCCUUCGGCGUCUGCAAUGGCCCGUCUUAAUCGUCUCAGACAUCAACAGAUUGUCCUCAAUGCUCCCACUUCCGAUUCAUUCAACGGAGCGGACGGUGCAGACUUUUCUUCUAUUCCUUCCUCUCAUCAGCAACAGAACUACGCUCUCAUGCAUGUCACUGGCUUAAUUAAGCAUGUUCCGUCUGGUCUGGAGGCACCAAUGACUGUUAAUGAAGAUGGAUAUUCACUUCCUCGAUCCGCAACUAAUUUUGUGGUCUCCUUGCUAGAUCACUCGAAAUCGGAGGGCGUAAAUGGGAGUACAGACAAUGGUGGCGGGGGUGCAACAUCCAAUACCCCCCAAGGUCCUGUCUACUUUGUGGGUCUUGCGCGUCUUCAUUUGACAAAUCUCCCCAAUGCUGCCGACCUCUCCACCCACCAUGCUUACCAUGAAUUCGCUGUGCGACUGGGAGGGGACAAGCGGGUCUACUUUUGUGAUCAGCGCAUUUCUAAUGUCUUUACCAACACCGAUUCGACAGCACUUCAGAAAAACCUCCUCGGAGAACCCUUUACAGAUCUUAUUGUGCGAGAGGACGAAGCAUCGCGGUUCUCGACUCUAUUUGAACAAGUCUGGAAUUCGAAUGGUCAGAAGUUUGAUAUCGACCUUCAUCUGCGUCCACCUGGCAGCUCACCUCCCAAGUCCUCUACUCCGCCUCUUGCUACCGAGCAGGAUAUUGUCCCCGUGAAAUGUACGCUCUCAGCAUUCAUCAAUCCUUACAGCGCUAAGGUUAAUUACAUCGUUGGCUAUAUUCGACGACUACAAACUCCCGUUAGUAGUAGUAGUGAAAGCGAUGUUCCAACUGUUUCCUACCAUAAUACCUUCGCGUCUGUUGGCUCUGGCCAUCAAGUUGUUCAACAGCCUAUUCAGGAGCAAAAUGGAGUUUACUGGGGCGGUGGGCAUAUCCAAUGUCCCACACUCCAGCCUCAAAGGAACUAUAUCCCCGAAUAUGAUUUUCCGUCUGUUUCAACCGGCCCAACUGAUGAUAGCUACUCCACCAAGCUCAAUGAAGGUCAUCCAAUGAAUUCAUAUCCACCUCAGUCUCAACCUGUCGCUCAUCAAUCUUAUCUUCCUUCUUCAUCACCCUAUAUACAACCUCAAUCCGCCCCUGUUCCCCCCUAUACCACUAAUCAGUCUGUCUACUCUCCUAACACAGUUCCUCAGGAAGGUAUCAGCCGAACUUCGACCAUCGCUUACCUUCCAAUGGCUGGUGAGCAGAGAUCAAAUGGGGAUUGGAAUCAACUUAGUGGAAGCAGCGUUCCAUCAACACCCUAUCAUCAGUCUUCCUACCUUCAUUACUUGGAUGCGUCGAACUCCAUUCCUUCCAUGUCUGGGAACCCGAAUCCCCCUCCUCCACCUACUUACAAUGCUCUUUAA